AUGGCAUCUGAGGCAAUCGAGGUGGCAGCCCUAGGAAGACCUCUGUUUCCUGGAAUGCUUUACGACUGCCGCAAGGAUUCCUUCAUUCCAGGUGUUACUCUGUGGGAUAAAAAAUCAUUGUAUGAAGAUUUGGACACUCGUACGCAGCUCCAAACUGAUUUGAAGUUUAGUAGCUCUGACUCUAUCUCUGAUAAGUCCAGUCUCCUGGAUGUAAGUGCCUCUCUGAAGGCCAGCUUCUUGGGGGGGCUGGUGGAGGUUGGAGGAUCUGCCAAGUACCUGCGUGAUACCAAAUCCUCAAACCAGCAGUCAAGAGUAAUAAUGCAUUACAGUGAAACCUCAAGAUUCGAGCAGCUCACUAUGACCCAGCUGGGCAAGAUCACCUACCCUCAGGUGUUUGAGCAGAAAACUGCUACUCAUGUGGUUACAGCUGUUCUGUACGGAGCUCAGGCUGUUAUGGUGUUUGAUCGGGCUUUUUCAGAAGAUGAGAACAAACAAGAGAUUGAGGGAAACCUGAAUGUCAUGGUCAAGAAAAUACCUGCAUUUUCCAUUGAGGGACAAGGAGCUGUUAAAAUGGGAGAUGGUGAGAAAAAGAUGGCUGAGAAUAUCAGCUGCACAUUUUAUGGUGACUUCCAACUUCAGCAGAACCCCACCACGUACAUGGAGGCAUUGCAGGUGUACAAGCAGCUCCCCACUCUGCUGAAGGACAAUCCACAGAAUGUGGUUCCAGUAAAAGUCUGGCUCUAUCCUCUUCAUCUUCUGGAUACAAAAGCAGCUAAGUUUGUCAGAGAAAUUAGCACAAGUCUGAUUUCCAACGCUGAAGAAAUAAUAGAGGAGCUGGCAGAGGUAGAGAGAAGAUGCAACGACCUGUUCAGAAAUACAUUGGUAAAUGUUUUCAGUGACAUCAAAGAGAGACUGCACUCAUAUCAGAUUUCAUUUAACAAAUACAAGCUGGUCCUCCAGAAAGCACUGUGCAGGGUGCUGCCUGCUAUUCGAGGAGGUGGGAUGGAGCAGCAGUCAUUGGAAGACAUUCUGAAUAUCCACAACAGCUCCCCUUUUAAUGCUAGCAUGCUAAACCAGUGGUUAGAUGAUGCAAAGUCUGAACUUCACCACUUGACUUCUUGCACCAAAUCGCUGAAGGGGAUUCAAACUGAAGACACAGAUGGUCUCACCACUAUCCUCCUUGAUCCUGAUAUUGAUGUAGUGGUGUGCUUGACCUUCACAUCUCUGAAGUACAAAGACCCAUAUCUUUCAAAUCUGAAAGAUUUCUUGAAAUCUGAGGAUUUUAAAGACUUAGAGAAAAAAGUAACCCUAUCUUCAAUUGCAGCUGUAGAAAAGUGGUUCAACAAUCCUGAGAUCAUCACAAAGAUGAGAGAGAACUGCUCUCACUUCAAAGGUUAUUUAGAGGCCAAUAAAGAUGACACGAGAAUCUGCUUCAUUGUUUCUGCCAUCUAUGAUUCCUCACUUCCAGGCUCCACCAUCUACCUGUAUGAAAAAGGGAAACUGAUAGAUAAACAGUUCCAGCCUGUGUACAAGCCACCCCCACCAAUAGUAGUGAACAUCUUGGGCCGCAAAGUGACCCUCAAACUGCAGAAGUCCCCAGCUGGAGAAACAAUGUAUUACAGAGUUGAGUACAAAGCUGAUGGUGAGGAAAUAUGGCAUAUCGUAGACACAGAUGAUGAAAACUGUACUCUAGAGGGACUGGAACUUGGAAAGUCGUAUUUGGUUCGCUACAGGGUAGUGAGUAAAGUGGGAAUAAGUGAAGCCAGCAACACUGUUUCCCUCCUAAUUUCUUCCUCAGCAACACCUGUGAUUGUGGGCGGGCAAGGAGGUGAUGCUUUCUCCAUCUUAACCUCUCCCAUUGGCAUGACCUUAAGGAAGAUCAGGGUUUCUCUCAACCCAUACACAGUUGCCUCAAUUGAGGUGACUCUCUCAGAUGGCCAGGAAAAGACAUUUGGCACAGUACGAGGAGCGGAAGUUAAAGAAUUUCUAUUUGAUGAGAAUGAUAAAAUCCUUGAUGCAGUACUGUGGCCAAAUAGCCAAAACAACCGACUUGGGGGUUUUGAAAUGAUUGUUGCGAAGAGGAAUGGAACCACAACAUUUGAUGCCAAGUGUGUUCACCUGGGUAAUCCUCAAAAGAUUGAUGUGAAGUCAGGGAAUUGUUACGGCAUGGUAGGGAGAAGUGGAGAUGACAUUGAUUCUCUGGGCUUCUACUUUGUUUAG